CCACACUUGAACACUCCAUUGUAGUAUUCAACUCUCACUCCACAACCUCGACCAGCAAUUCUCUCACCGGAGAUAGGAGCAAUUAUGGCGCCGAAGAGAAUCCGACCGUCCGUUUUUGUCUUCUUCUGUUUGGCCGUGAUUGGAACUCUAGCUCUUGCUCAGUAUGCUCUGCAGGCCAAAGGAUCCCAGGAAAGUCUGAAAGAAGUAACUCACAAAGUUUUCUUUGAUGUUGAGAUAGAUGGCAAACCUGCCGGUCGUAUUGUUAUGGGUCUAUUUGGUAAAACAGUUCCUAAAACAGCAGAGAACUUCAGAGCAUUGUGCACAGGGGAAAAGGGAGUUGGAAAGAGUGGUAAGCCUCUUCAUUUCAAGGGGAGCACAUUCCAUAGAAUAAUCCCCAGCUUCAUGAUUCAAGGUGGUGAUUUCACCCUUGGUGAUGGACGUGGAGGAGAAUCUAUUUACGGUGAAAAGUUUGCCGAUGAAAACUUCAAGAUCAAGCAUACUGGACCUGGACUAUUGUCAAUGGCAAAUGCCGGUUCUGACACCAAUGGCUCACAAUUCUUCAUCACAACUGUCACAACUAGCUGGUUGGAUGGUCGACAUGUCGUCUUUGGAAAGGUGUUGUCUGGAAUGGAUGUCGUUUACAAGAUGGAAGCCGAAGGAAGACAAAGUGGAACACCCAAAAGCAAAGUUACUGUGGCAGACAGCGGUGAACUUCCUCUGUAAUGGGGUUCUGAUAAAUGCAAUGUGUUUUACACAAUAAUCUAAGGUCGUUUUAGGUGUCAAUUAAGGUGUGGACAGUGUUUCCAAUUUUUUCAGUCCAUGUUUGAUAUCAUGUCAGGCACUGAAAAGAGGGGAAACUAAGGGAAGAAAAGAACAUCAUAGUGGCCAAGCGUCACUGGCUCACAUUUUAUCUGUGCAGUCAAUGUGUAGUUAAUCUCAACUUUUCUUUGUUAGCUUUGAUCGAAUUUUGCCUUUCAUA